AUGGCCCUGCCCUCCAGAUCUAUGGUGCUGCUCCUCAGCUUCGGCCUUCUCUGGCUGUGUUCAGGGGUUUGGGGUACUGACACAGAGGAGCGGCUAGUGGAGCAUCUCCUGGAUCCCUCCCGCUACAACAAGCUGAUUCGUCCAGCCACCAAUGGCUCUGAGCUGGUCACUGUACAGCUCAUGGUAUCACUGGCCCAGCUUAUCAGUGUGCAUGAGCGGGAGCAGAUCAUGACCACCAAUGUCUGGCUCACCCAGGAGUGGGAAGAUUAUCGCCUCACCUGGAAGCCCGAGGACUUCGACAAUAUGAAGAAAGUCAGGCUCCCUUCCAAACACAUCUGGCUUCCAGAUGUGGUCCUCUACAACAAUGCUGACGGCAUGUAUGAGGUAUCCUUCUAUUCCAACGCGGUGGUCUCCUAUGAUGGCAGCAUCUUUUGGCUACCGCCUGCUAUCUACAAGAGUGCAUGCAAGAUCGAGGUGAAGCACUUCCCGUUUGACCAGCAGAAUUGCACCAUGAAGUUCCGCUCAUGGACCUAUGACCGCACGGAGAUCGACCUGGUUCUCAAAAGUGAUGUGGCCAGCCUGGACGACUUCACACCCAGUGGGGAGUGGGACAUCAUUGCGUUACCAGGCCGGCGCAAUGAGAACCCAGAUGACUCCACCUACGUGGACAUCACCUAUGACUUCAUUAUUCGUCGCAAGCCGCUCUUCUACACCAUCAACCUCAUCAUCCCCUGUGUUCUCAUCACCUCGUUGGCCAUCCUGGUCUUUUACUUGCCCUCGGAUUGUGGUGAGAAGAUGACGCUUUGUAUCUCUGUACUGCUGGCGCUCACGGUAUUCCUGCUGCUCAUCUCUAAGAUUGUACCUCCCACCUCCCUUGAUGUACCGCUAGUGGGAAAGUACCUUAUGUUCACCAUGGUGCUAGUCACCUUCUCCAUCGUCACUAGUGUGUGUGUGCUCAACGUGCAUCACCGCUCGCCUACCACGCACACCAUGGCUCCCUGGGUCAAGGUGGUCUUCUUGGAGAAGCUGCCUACCCUGCUCUUCCUACAGCAGCCACGCCACCGCUGUGCACGUCAGCGCCUGCGCUUGCAGAGGCGCCAGCGGGAGCGCGAAGGGGCAGGCACGCUCUUCUUCCGCGAGGGCCCUGCAGCUGACCCAUGCACCUGCUUUGUCAACCCUGCAUCAGUAAAAGGCUUGGCUGGGGCUUUCAGGGCUGAACCCACAUCUGCAACUGGUCCAGGGCGCUCAGUGGGGCCUUGCAGCUGUGGCCUCAGGGAAGCAGUGGAUGGUGUACGCUUCAUUGCAGACCAUAUGCGAAGUGAGGAUGAUGACCAGAGUGUGAGGGAAGACUGGAAAUACGUUGCCAUGGUGAUCGACCGCCUGUUUCUUUGGAUUUUUGUCUUUGUCUGUGUCUUUGGCACCAUCGGCAUGUUCCUGCAACCUCUCUUCCAGAACUACACCGCCACUACCUUCCUCCACCCUGACCACUCAGCUCCCAGCUCCAAGUGAGGGCUCACACACCUGCAGCUCUUCACCCUGUGACCCUUGGGGUUCAGUAGUACUGGGUGGAAGAUGGAUUUAUCCCUACUCCACUGAAGCCCUAUUUCACACCACCACUCACACAUAGCCCUCCAGCCUGGAGGCUGGACCAGCUGCCUAGUGUUCAAGCCAUUCUCCUUUCCCUCCUGAGCUGAUUCAGACAGUAGUGUUAAUUGUGGGAGCCAGGGCUGGUAAGUAGAGG